CGGUCUGCUUUGACACAGCUCACUUGAGUUAUUCAGCUUUUCAGACUUUCUUAGGCAGUAAAAAAUAAAUAGAAAUGGGCUGUGUACAAAGUUUCAGGGACUUGUGUGACCGUCCAAAAAACACCAAUGUCCGUAUGAGUCUUCCAGCAGUUUGUGUUGUGUGGCAGACGGCUAUGAUCAUCUUGUUUGGGGUGUUUAUUCGUUACAACGAAGAAGCGGAUACACACUGGAUAGAGCACCGAAAGGCUAAGAAUAUAUCAAGUGACAUCGAGAACGACUUCUACUUCANAUAUCCAGGUUUCCAGGAUGUCCACGUCAUGAUCUUUGUCGGAUUUGGCUUCUUGAUGACAUUUCUCAAGAAGUACAGUUUUGGCGCCGUGGGUUUCAACUUCCUCAUCGCUGCCUUCGGCCUUCAGUGGGCCCUGCUCAUGCAAGGCUGGUUCCACUCUCUGGACUACACUGAUGGAAAGAUCAAAAUCGGAGUAGAAAAUCUGAUCAAUGCCGACUUCUGUGUGGCUGGCUGCUUGAUUGCGUAUGGAGCGGUGCUGGGCAAAGUCAGUCCAGUGCAGCUGAUGGUUAUGACUCUGUUUGGCGUCACAUUGUUUGCUGUGGAGGAAUAUAUCAUCCUGAAUCUCAUUCAUGCCAGAGAUGCUGGAGGCUCCAUGGUGAUCCACACAUUCGGAGGUUAUUAUGGUCUGUCCAUCUCGUGGAUGCUCUAUCGGCCAAACCUGGAACAGAGUAGUCGUCUGCAGGGCUCCGUCUACCACUCAGAUGUCUUUGCUAUGAUUGGCACCCUCUUCCUGUGGAUGUUCUGGCCCAGCUUUAACUCCGCCAUCACGGACCAUGGGGACGGGCAGCACAGAGCGGUCAUCAACACCUACCUGGCUCUGGCCUCGACCGUGCUCACGACUGUGGCCAUCUCCAGCGUCUUUCAGAAGCAUGGAAAACUGGACAUGGUUCACAUCCAGAACUCUACUCUUGCUGGAGGCGUUGCAGUGGGAACAGCAGCAGAGUUCAUGCUGAUGCCCUACGGAUCACUGAUCGUAGGAUUCUGCUGCGGUAUCCUCUCCACCCUGGGAUACAUCUUCCUCACGCCAAUCAUGGAAAAGUACCUAAAGAUCCAGGACACAUGUGGCAUCCAUAACCUCCACGCCAUGCCAGGAGUCAUAGGUGGAAUUGUGGGAGCCAUUACUGCGGCAGCGGCGUCAGAGUCAGUUUAUGGCGCUGAAGGGCUUAUUAACACCUUCGACUUUGAGGGAGCUUUUAAAGACACACCACCCACUCGACAGGGUGGUCUCCAAGCCGCAGGCCUCUGUGUGGCCAUCUGCUUCGGAAUAGGCGGAGGCAUCAUCGUCGGUUGUAUCUUGAGACUACCGAUCUGGGGAGAUGUUGCAGAUGACAAUUGUUUUGAUGAUGAGCCCUACUGGGAGCUCCCUGAUGAGGAGGAGAUCAUCCCGCCCAUCCUGCAGUACAACAACCACACGCACAACAAAGAUAUAGCGGAGUCUAAUUUCACUGUGGAGCAGAACUGACGUUAGGCCUCGAUCCGGAUGGAGCUCAUGAAAUGCUUCUUUUCUUGCUCCUGGUGAACAGAAAUAUUUUUUGAAUACAAUUAUUCCUCAACAAUUUAAUGCAGUUAUUUUUCAUGCAAUCAAUAUGACUAUCAAGGUUCUUUGAUCAGUGGAAAAAUGUCAGUAGAAUUAGAUCUUUUCUUUUCUCUACCAGACAUUUUUAUUUUCAGUUUGAAUCCACAAUUAUUCAAUAAAAUAGUUAAAUUGUUAAAUGUUUUCCUUAUUUCAACUUUGACGUCAGGUUAAUUCACUGAGAGAAAUUUACUGCUGCAUUUUUCUUGAUCCUAAUAAAACGAUGAGACUCAGUUCUGAACUAAACAAACUUGAACGUGACUGUGACAACGUGACUGUGAGAUGAAUGUUUGAGACAGUGUGUUGUAUUAUCUUCGGAUCCAUUUGAGUUGCACUUCAAGGAUUUUCCCGCUUGAGCUUUCACGUCUCAGUUUGUCACGAUUUCAAUUGUUUGUGACAGACUGGAGGUGAAAUCAUGGAAACACACAAACAGGCGAUUUUGUGUUGAACACUAACUUUGGUUUGUUUGCAUAGUUGCAUAUUUCCCUUGUUGCCGUUAGAAACUGUACAUAUAAAUACAAUUAGUCAACUAGUGCUACUUCUACAGGCAUUAGCAUACAAUUUUACUUAUACAUUUUAAUAUCCUAUAUAAAAUAUGUACAAUUUUUAUGUACUGCUUAUAAAUACAUCAAUCAUUUUGUCAAACUCUGAUAUUU